CAAAGUCUUUGUCAGUCAGCUUUGCUUCACGGUUCUCUCUAACCGCCAACUAUUUUGUGUGGCCAUGGAAGAGGACAACCUCCCACAAGCCGCCUUGGCUGGAAGAGAUGAAAGCAGGGUUCCUUGGGAGCUUGUCGAGGAUAUUGUGAGCUAUCUGGAUAAUCGCUCAAUCAAAAGUCUACGUUUGACUUGUCGACUCUUUGCCUCUCUCAAGCUGCGCAUAAAUCGAGUCUUUCUUUCCCCAUAUUCGAUUGACAUUCAGACCUUUUACGAUAUUGCCGCAAGCGAUGUCUAUCGGCCUGACAUUGUUGAAGUUGUUUUCGACGAUGCCUUCCUAGGGUAUCCUCUUGAAGACGACGACAGCUAUGACACACUUCCAGAUUCAGAUUCAAUGUACAUGAGUACGGAUCCGAUCUGGCUUCAGCUUGAAAGAAAUGAAAACGUCCGACAAUCAAUUAGGCGUUUUGGCAACGACGCUGGACGCCUUCCUAAACGCCUGAGGAAAAUCCAGCGAGCAGGCGCUAAACUAACAGUGGAGGAUGUAAGCCAAUUUUGGCUGAAACUAGAGAAAGAUCAAAUGAACAAUAUUUCUAUGGGAGCGGAUGUCAAGGCUUUUCGCUAUGCUCUGCAUCACUUGCCCGCGCUGCGAACGGUCACCGUUACGCCGGCGACACAUGGGUUUAUCUUUUCGCCUCUUUACCAAACCCCAUUGAUUCGUUCUAUUCCUAUGGGAAUGAACUACCCGCUUCCGCAACCUUGGGAGAAAGAAAAAGCAAUUUGGCGCGGUUAUAAUAUGGUGACGAAGACUUUGGCUGAAGAGAACGUGCACCAUCAUGUCUCCGAAUUCUCCGUCGACGCUCAUUAUCUUCAUACAGGCCUCAGCUGCCGCCUCUUUGAUGAAGAAAGCGAAGAGUAUGAUGACUUUCGGACUAUUCUUCAGCAGCCCAACUUCAAGAAGCUACACCUCUCGCUUCUUGUGGCUGGGCAAGAGAAUGUCAACAUACGCUGGCCAUCCUUCCGCACCAAUCUGCUGCGAAACGCCAUAGCGGAAGCUAUGCAGCUAGAGCAUUUCAGCAUGGAGACAGACUGGGAUAUGGACCGCAUCGUCCAGCCUCCAACGCUGCGAACGUUCCUCCCUAUUGAAGGCUGGGCGAACCUCAAGCAUUUCCGGCUGUGGAACUUUCCACUCCGCAGCGCUGAUCUGAUAUUGACGCUCUCGCGGCUUCCCGGGCUGCAAUCCAUUGAGCUGGGCUUUUUGGAUCUGUUUGAACAAGACAACCACCAUGAUCUGCUCAAUGCAAUGCGCGACACUCUGAAGCUGCAUAAGCGACCGGUGCCGCCUAGAGUCAGAUUGGGCAUAAUGGUCCCAGACGUUACUUACGGCCGCUCAGAGUAUCUUCGCGGACGUGCAAUUUGGCUUGACAAAGAAGUCGAGGCGUUUUUAUAUCGGGAUGCUGAGAAUCUCUUUGAGCCUGGCAGGGAUACCUUGGCGCGUGUCAUGGGCGUUGUGAGGGAUGCUUUUGAUCCUACGUAUGAGAAGCCUUAUGCGCCUCCUCCUCCCGGACUCUAUCAUUAUAAUCACUUUGGACCUAUGUACGAUUAGAAGUUGUAUAUAGCUUUUUGCAAAGGAAGGAGAAAUAGAUUGGCAAUACGAGAUACUGAGUUUUAAGAAAUGAGCUGUAGAGCUAAUCGUUAUGGAGUGCAAUAUGCUGUUAAUCUAUAUACAGAGAAAAGAAACCUCAUAAUUUAUUUCUCCGUGCAACAUCUAAAACAUGUGAAUCUUCUUCGCCGAGUGAAACAUGGCCGGCAAAAAAUCCCUAUUGUCAUUCAAAUUCUCAAUCGCCUGC